AUGGCUUCUGCCUUCAACCCCGUCCACAACGAGCAUACCAUGGCUAGAAGCCCACUGAUCAGCAAAAAUCAGCGCAAGACCACUCGACAGAAAGCAGCAGAAAAUAAAGAAGAUGUCGUUCUGACGAAUGCUGAUUCGCAGGAUGAGCUCAUGAGUGAAGAAGAACCACAGAAACGAGACAAAGCCGCUCAGAGGAAUUUGGGAAAGCAGGCGAAGAAACAGGAUACUCGGUCAACCGAAUUUCAGACGCGAAAAAAGGCACUGUAUAGUGACGCGCGUAAAAAUGCACAGGAGAUUGUCAAAGCCGGCGUGUCUGCUCUAGAAGAUAUUUUUGUCAAAAUAGAUGCUCGAAGAGCUCAAGAGAUCGGGUUUGAAAAAUACUUCAUGGACGCCCAGUUGCCCAGCAACGCCCAACAGACCUCAUUUGACGAGCUGGAAGCGCUGUAUCCAUCAUUCUUGCAGGAAUUGGGUAGUCGGCGUGCAAAAACAAUGGAUGACGCCCAUGCUAUGGUCAGGAGUAACCCAGACCGACGUCGCUCGGCCCUAAACACUUUUUCCAAGAGUGCUAGAAUCCAACUUGAGGAGUCAAAAAGAAAGGAAAAAAUUGCUGUCGAUGCAGAUGCGCUGAUUAAGCACGUGAAGGGCCUUCUGCGCUCCUGA